AUGGUCUAUACAAACGUUUUGGGACCAUCUCCAGUUUCAUCACUUGGUGAAUCAAAGUCUACGUCACCUUCAUCGAUUAUUUCAGCAGGAAGCAAACAAUUGCUCUAUGAAGCAUCAAAGAUCGGGUCCAUUCAAAGCUUAGAAACACUAAUUCAAAACAACUCGAAUAUCAUUCAAAGAGUUCUAAUCUCCUCUUACAACAUCGAGACUCCAUUGUACGUCUCGGUUUUGCAUUGCCACCUUGAAUUCACUCAAUUUCUUUUAAAUCUCAUGCCUGAACUUGCUGGAGAAGUUGGUGCCCUGCAAAGGACACCUCUCCACUUAGCUUCUGAAAAUGGAACUGUGGAGGUUGUUCAAGCUUUGCUAGAGAAAAACACAAGCACUUACAUAGUUCGUGAUUUGAAUGGGUUGAUUCCUCUCCAUCAUGCAGUGGUUAAUGGAAGAAUUGAUAUCAUGCAACGGUUGAUCAAUGUGAGGCCACAAUCUCUUUGGAUGAAGCAUCACAAUGAUGAAACUGUUCCACUUUUAUGUAUAAAACACAACCAUUUGGAAGCUCUUAAGUUGUUGAUCAUAAUGAUUGAAGAUCCACAAACUCAUGGAUUUUUGAACGAACACGAUGUGAAUGAAAAUACCAUUUUAGAUUUUUCUAUGAUGUUAAGACAUAUUGAGGUCGAUUGCCUUUGA